ACUAUCAGAAAACUUCGAAGCGUCUACGAGCACGUAGAUGACAUCGACUUGUUUAUUGGUGGUGUUUCCGAGGAAUCUGUCCCUGAUGCUGUGCUGGGUCCUACGUUCCUUUGCAUAAUUGGUGACCAAUUUACCAGACUGAAACGAGGCGACAGAUUCUUCUACGAAUUUGGAGGACACGCAGCGUCUUUCACUGAAGAUCAACUAGAAGAAAUUCGACAGACAAGUUUCGCGAGAAUCUUGUGCGACAACACGGAAGUUGGAGAAAUGCAGCCCCUGGCGUUCGUGCGGCCAUCUUUCGCGAACAACAAAUUUCCUUGCAAUUCCCUGAAUAUUCCACACGUUAAUCUAGAAGCAUGGAUAUCGAGACGAUUUUGAGAAUCAUCAUCGUACUCAAGCCAGAUGUGUUUUUCUUUCUCGAAUGCACAUAAUACUGCAGCAUAGCUGACGAUUCGAAGCUUUUCCUGGUC